AAAUCAAAAAAGGUUAAAGGGGAACUGCAGCAUUCUUUUAAACUGCAGCAGUCUGGGGUCGGCAAAUUUUUCCAUUGCUCGAAUACGGAGUUUAUGAGCCCAGUUUUCUUAAUUUGCACAACAUCCAAAAUUUAUCAGAUUCCUGCAUGAUGGCUCCAUUAAUCACCGCGGGACUCAAUAUUUUAGUGUUUCUUGGGUCGGUGCGAGAAAACCGAAAUGCCGACAGAGUAAAGCCUCUGGUUAUUCGAGCGCUCGAAUCCGCGAAUCUGACGCUGACCGUGUUCGAUCCAAAAGAUUUUAACUACAGCAAAGUCGUACAGCCACUGCAUUAUUACGCUAACCAGGAAGACGCUCCGGAAUCUUUGAAAAAUUUCAGCAAAGUGAUCUCAAAAGCCGACGGCUUCGUCAUAGUUUCUCCUGAGUAUCAUGGUGCUAUCGCGCCAUCCUUGUCCACAUUGAUGGACCAGUUUCCUCCCCUGUCCUACGCUUACCGUCCUGGAGCCAUCGUUACAUACUCAAAAGGCCGAUUCGGUGGUGUUCGAGCCCAAACACAGCUGCGAACGUAUCUUUCGGAACUGGGCAUGGUACAUAUCCCUAGUGUGGUUUCUAUUGCCAAGGUUGAAGAAACUGUAACAAAGAACGGCACCACAACCAAUGCGCAGCUACUUUCCUCCCUGGAUGCGCUGGUGGAGGAAUUGGUUUGGUUUGCAAAAGCCGUCAAAAAUUACAAACAUAAGAAGCAGCUUCUGUUCAAGGGAAAGGUUUGGAUAUAAUCUCACUAUCUUCUUAUCUUCUUAUUGCAUGGGAGCAACUUACAAGCAGUCUAAUAUGCCUUAAAUUGCAAGCUAUAGACUACGUAUAUACAGUAAACAAUUCUUCACUGUCGGAUUUCAACGAUAUCGAUGUAGUGAAUGUUAACUAUUUGACAUCUGAUGUUUACUUUGCUGUAGGUGUAAACUGUAAAGUAAUACUUUUGCAAUUAGUACUGCCAAUAAUUCACGAAAUGACGACAGAAGCACAAAUAAAAAAUGGGUUCGGUAUUACAA